CCUACACCUGCAAUAAUUUGUAGCUUGUUUUUAUUAAUUUUACUAUACUACUUACUGUAUUCUUUGUUGUUAUUCUGUUCUUAGAACAACCAUUACACAAUGCGCAACGUAGAAAUCAAAGCCAGAAUAACCGACUAUGAGAACAUUUGCAAAGUGGCUGCAGAACUGAGUCAAUCAAAGGGAACCAUUAUAAAACAAGACGAUACUUUCUACAGAGUCAACGAUGGUCGGUUAAAGAUGCGUUUCUACGCGGACUCGUCGGCUACACUAGUGCGUUACGAUCGAGACGACGAAGGCGGACCAAAGCUGAGUAACUACGAGUUAUUGGAAUUUUCGGCGAAUGAAAGCGAGAAGGCGUCGCUGCUGGAUAGAAUGUUGAGGAAAUGUUUGGGCGCGCGAGGACGUGUGGUCAAGGAGCGUAAGCUCUUCAUGGUCGGCCAGACCCGAGUCCACAUAGACACCGUCCAGGACCUCGGGCACUUCAUGGAGCUGGAGGUGGUGCUGCGGCCUGAGCAGUCGCUACAGGAUGGCCAGGCCAUCGCUCGGGACUUGCAGACCAAACUUGGAGUUAAGGAUGAGGAUCUGAUUGAGUGUGCCUAUGUUGAUCUGUUAGACAAGAAGUAGUAAAUUGGAUUGGAUGAUGCAUGCAGAGCAG